UGUUGAAGGAAGCCAGGACCGCUGGAGACGUUUUAAAGGGGACAUGGCGGCCGACGAUUUCGAGAUGGACGAGCUGGACGAGCUGGAACAAGGUGGAGGAGGAGGAGUUGAGCCCUCUGAUGCGCUGCUGAGAUCAAGGCUCGACGCUAUCGCCGAUGGGAGGAAGCCGCUGUUCAGGAGGAAGAAGAAGGUUGUUGUUGUGAUCAGUGCGCUUGUGCUUCUGUGGAUCUGUGGGUCUGUGCUGUAUCUCAGCGGCGGUGCUGACAAGAUUGUUGAUUACUACAAGCAGCAGAAGGGUGCUGGCGGUGCGGAGACUGAAGGUGAGCCUGCAGUUAGCGUGCCUACGGUGGAGGUUGCACCAGCGGUGGAUGGAGGAAAGCAAGAGGGCGGGCAGGAGCAGGGACAGAGUGCCGGUGAAGAUACAGCUCACGACUCCAAGGGAGCAGAUGCGCCUGUAUUGGACGAUGGUGGUGCUGAUUCAGGUGGAAAGCCCGUUCCUGAAGACUCGACCGAUGUCUCCAGAAGGCCGCCAAUCACGCUCAGUGACCUGAGAUCUGGAAGACUGUUCACAUAUUCGACCCAAUUGAGAUUUGUCAAACCACCACAGCAACUGGAAAACGACGAAGGGUGGUUCUACUACUUCGACGUCCAUGCCAUUGAGGCGCAGAAGAGCUCCUCUACUGACAAGACCAAGAAGCUUGCCGAUUCGUUGACUUUUGAAUACGAGGAAGCCCACCACAAGAUCACUACAUUCGUUCCUAACUACGACAUGACUUGGGCUAUAGUAGGUACUGAUGUGCAGAAGCUGUUUAGGCAUUCAUCCCUGGCGUAUUACUGGCUCUAUAACAUUGACACCAAAGAGUAUAAGCCCUUGGCUGUGGAUGAGAAGGGUGUGAUGAUCAAACUGUCAUACGCCACAUGGUCUCCAAAGUAUAACUACAUAUCCUACCACUAUGACAACAAUGUAUACAUCCUUGAUGUAUCGACAGGAAAAGUGGAGCAGAUUACCCAUGAAGAUGAACAUUCCAUCUUGCUCAACGGUAAAACAGAUUGGGUUUAUGAGGAAGAAGUGCUUGCCGAUGAUAAGGCGAUAUGGUGGUCACCAGAUGAAUCCACAUUUGUUUUCAUGAAGACUUUGGAAAAAGAUGUUCCAUUGUAUAAUAUUGAUCUGUUCGUGCAAGGUUCCGGUGGUGCUACCAAGUAUCCAAAAUCUGAACAAAUUGCAUACCCAAAGCCUGGGUUCAAAAACCCUCAAGUUUCACUGCACUCUUUCAACUUGAAGGACCAAACCAUCACAGAGAUUCAGAGAGCUGACUCACAGUUAGGCGAUGAGUACAUCAUUUAUGAAGUAUUUUUCGUUGAUGAUGACAAUUUAUUGGUGAAAGAAGCAGACAGAGAAUCUAACAGACUUGAGGUUCGUCAUUUCAGACCAAGUUCAAAGGAGUCAAAAGUUGUGCAUAGAGUCAAUGCCAAUGAGGAUUACCAAGGCUGGAUUGAAAAAUUCAACGCACCAUUGAUAAUCCCAGCAGAUCAAUCACAAGGCCGUGAAGUCGCUGGUUAUGUGGAUACUUAUGUUGUUGAAGGCUAUAAUCACCUGUGCUAUUUUGAUUCUCCAACGGCAGAACCAAAACCUUUGACCAAAGGUAAUUGGGAGGUUGUCACUGGUGAGCUGGCCUUUGACUUUACUAAACAGCUUGUCUAUUUUUCAGCGUCGAAGAAAUCAGUGGACAAACACCUGUAUAGUGUCCAUCUCACAUCUGGCGAAAUCACAGCAGUUACCAAAGAAUCUGAAGAUGGAUAUUACGAUACUUGGUUCUCACCAAAUGCCAAGUAUGCUGCAAAGUACAGAGCUGGUCCAGAUGAUGAAUCAAUGGAGCUGAUCAACUUGGAAGAUUCCUCAAUGAUUUUACCCUUCUCUCAAAAGACCUUGUACAUGAUGUCGAAGGACGCCUUCUAUUUCCCAGAGCGCAAAUUCCACAGAGUUAACGUUGAUACGGACGAAGAUGGAUCCCCUGUCACCUUAAACGUUUUAGAAUAUUUACCUCAAAAUUUCGAUCCAAACAAGAAAUACCCACUGUUGGUACAUUACUACGCUGGACCGGGAUCUCAAGUGGUGAAGUAUUCCAUCUCACUGGACUUUGAAGACGUGGUUUCCUCCUCUUUGGAUGCAGUUGUUCUUUACAUCGAACCAAGAGGUACAGCAGGACAAGGAUGGAGAUUCAGAUCGUGGGCUAAUAAGAAGAUUGGAUACUGGGAACCAAGAGACAUCGUCACAGUCACCAAGAUGUGGUUAGAAAAGGGAUUUAUCGAUACUGACAAAGUGGCAUGCUGGGGAUGGUCAUAUGGUGGGUUCACCACUCUAAAGACAUUAGAGUAUGAUCAUGGUGAGACGUUUAAGUAUGGCAUGGCAGUUGCGCCUGUGACCAACUGGCUGCUUUACGAUUCCAUCUACACGGAGAGAUAUAUGGAUAAGCCAUCAAACAACAAAGAAGGAUAUGCAGUUUCUCAAAUACGAGACGUUGAAGCUCUCAGUAAGGUAGAGAGGUUCUUAGUGAUGCACGGAACCGCAGAUGAUAACGUUCACAUACAAAACACAUAUGGACUGCUCGAUCUCCUGACUUUGAAAUCGGUCGAGAACUACGACGUUCAUGUGUUUCCAGACUCUGAACACAGCAUCUUGUACCACAAUGCCAAUGCAGUUGUUUACGACAAACUGUUCAAUUGGUUGAAGGAUGCAUUCGAUGGUGAUUUCAAGAAUUUGGGCCACAGAUGACCAUUCGGGAGCCCAUCGUUCGGUUUUUGUUCUAUAUAUCAAAGGUCAUGUAACCAUGAUUCAAUUGACAUGCUCACUCAACACUUAGAUAUCAGCCAUAGGAAUAGACAACUUGGACU